CACCCACUAGAAGUCCUAAUACAUCAGCCAGCAUGUCCUCAUUGGGGACUCUCGCGUUCGACGAGUAUGGGAGACCCUUCAUCAUCAUUAAAGACCAGGACACGAAGACGCGGUUAUCUGGGAUUGACGCGUUGAAGUCUCAUAUUAUGGCAGCCAAAGCUGUGGCGUCAACACUUAAAACAUCACUGGGACCUAAUGGUCUUGACAAGAUGAUGGUUGACAGGGAUGGAGAGGUGACUGUCACUAACGAUGGAGCCACUAUUCUCUCCAUGAUGGACCUGGACCACCAGGUUGCCAAGCUUAUGGUGGAGCUGUCCAAGUCACAGGAUGAUGAGAUUGGUGAUGGAACCACUGGAGUUGUUGUUCUAGCUGGGGCUCUGCUUGAGCAGGCCGAGCAACUGCUGGACCGUGGGAUCCACCCCAUCAGGAUCUCUGACGGUUACGACCAGGCCGCACGCUUCGCUAUCGAGCAGUUGGACAAAAUUGCAGAAAUUCUACCCUGUGACCCCAACAACACAGAACCUCUCAUUGAGACCGCCAUGACAACGCUGGGAUCCAAAAUCAUCAACCGUUGCCACAGACAGAUGGCUGAGAUUGCAGUGAACGCCGUCCUCACCGUGGCAGAUAUGGAGAGGAAGGACGUCGACUUUGAGCUCAUCAAGAUGGAGGGAAAAGUUGGAGGGAAGCUGGAGGACACACAGCUCGUCAAGGGAGUCAUCGUUGACAAGGAGUUCAGCCACCCUCAGAUGCCUAAGGUUCUGAAAGAUGUCAAAAUCGCUAUCCUUACCUGCCCAUUUGAGCCCCCUAAGCCCAAGACCAAGCAUAAGUUGGAUGUGACCUCUGUGGAAGACUACAAAGCCCUUCAGAAGUAUGAAAAGGAGAAGUUUGAAGAGAUGAUCCAUCAGGUCAAAAGUAACGGCGCUAACUUGGCAAUUUGCCAGUGGGGCUUUGAUGAUGAAGCCAACCAUCUCCUGCUGCAGAACGAGUUGCCGGCUGUGCGCUGGGUUGGAGGGCCUGAGAUUGAGUUGAUUGCCAUUGCCACAGGAGGGCGCAUCGUGCCGAGGUUCAGUGAGCUGACUCCAGAGAAGCUCGGCUCGGCUGGCAUAGUAAAGGAGAUCUCCUUCGGCACCACAAAGGAUCACAUGUUGGUCAUCCAGGAGUGCAAAAACACCAGGGCCGUUACCAUUUUCAUCCGUGGAGGCAACAAAAUGAUAAUUGAAGAGGCUAAGCGCGCUCUCCAUGAUGCUCUGUGUGUCAUUCGCAAUCUGGUAAAAGACAACCGUGUGGUGUAUGGAGGAGGAGCUUCAGAGAUUUCAUGUGCUCUUGCUGUCAACCAGGCCGCAGAUAGGUGCCCAUCAUUGGAACAGUAUGCUAUGAGGUCAUUUGCCGAUGCUCUGGAGGUUAUCCCAAUGGCUCUGGCUGAGAACAGCGGGCUGAACCCAAUCCAGACCAUGACAGAGAUCAGAGCCAAACAGGUCAAAGAGAACAACCCUUACUUGGGCGUCGACUGUCUUAACAACAACACCAAUGACAUGAAGCAGCAACACGUUGUCGAGACUCUGAUUGGCAAGAAGCAGCAGAUCCUACUCGCCACUCAAGUAGUGAAGAUGAUCCUAAAGAUUGACGACAUUCGAAGCCCAGGAGAGAGCGAGGACUGAAGGCCUCAUGGAGCAUGUUAAUGUUUCUGAGCUGCUCUAGAGGUUGUAGGCACUUCCCCGAGCACCAUUUACAACCCGCACUGCAUAUUGCUAUUUAUCAUUUGAUACAAAAUGUUCAAGCUGUUGACGUAUCAUAGUCUCCAUUAAAAUGUUGGUCCGUAGAAACUUUCA